GAUUGUGACCCAGCAGGAAAGCAGGGGAGUAGAAAGAGGAGGCCCCUGGCAAGGCACUGGCACCCCAAGCCACCCAUCAUGACGCUGGGCUUGGAGCAGGCGGAGGAGCAGCGUCUGUACCAGCAGACGCUCCUGCAGGACGGGCUCAAGGACAUGCUGGACCACGGCAAGUUCCUCGACUGUGUGGUGCGGGCCGGUGAGCGCGAGUUCCCGUGCCACCGCCUGGUGCUGGCCGCCUGCAGCCCCUACUUCCGGGCGCGCUUCCUGGCCGAGCCUGAGCGCGCGGGCGAGCUGCGCCUGGAGGAGGUGUCCCCGGCCGUGGUGGCGCAGGUGCUGCACUACCUGUACACGUCGGAGAUCGCGCUGGACGAGGCGAGCGUGCAGGACUUGUUCGCCGCGGCGCACCGCUUCCAGAUCCCGUCCAUCUUCACCAUCUGCGUGUCCUUCCUACAGAAGCGCCUGUGUCUCGCCAACUGCCUGGCCGUCUUCCGCCUCGGCCUCCUGCUCGACUGCGCGCGCCUGGCCGUGGCCGCCCGCGACUUCGUCUGCGCGCGCUUCUCGCUCGUGGCGCGCGACGCCGACUUCCUCGGGCUCUCGGCCGACGAGCUCAUCGCCAUCAUCUCCAGCGACGGCCUCAACGUGGAGAAGGAGGAGGCCGUGUUCGAGGCGGUGAUGCGGUGGGCGGGCAGCGGCGACGCCAAGACGCAGGAGGAGCGCCAGCGCGCGCUGCCCACCGUCUUCGAGAGCGUGCGCUGCCGCCUGCUGCCGCGGGCCUUCCUGGAGAGCCGCGUGGAGAAGCACCCCCUCGUGCGCGCCCAGCCCGAGCUGCUGCGCAAGCUGCAGAUGGUGAAGGACGCGCACGAGGGCCGCCUCACCGUGCUGCGCAAGAAGAAGAAGGACACGGGGCAGGAGGCAGCCGGGGCCAAGGCUGCUGGCAAGGGCACGGGCGAAGCCAAGGCGGAGGACGACGAGGAGGAGGCUGAACGCAUCAUCCCCGGGAUCCUCAAUGACACUCUGCGCUUUGGCAUGUUCCUGCAGGACCUCAUCUUCAUGCUCGGUGAGGAGGGGGCCGUGGCCUAUGACCCAGCGGCCAACGAGUGCUACUGUGCCUCGCUCUCCACCCAGAUCCCUAAGAACCACGUCAGCCUUGUGACCAAGGAGAACCAGGUCUUUGUGGCUGGGGGCCUCUUCUACAACGAGGACAACAAGGAGGACCCCAUGAGUGCUUACUUCUUGCAGUUUGACCACCUGGACUCCGAGUGGCUGGGGAUGCCGCCGCUGCCCUCGCCGCGCUGCCUCUUCGGCCUGGGAGAGGCUCUCAACUCCAUCUACGUGGUCGGCGGCCGAGAGCUCAAGGACGGCGAGCGCAGCCUAGACUCGGUCAUGUGCUACGACCGGCAGUGAGCAGGGGCCG